GCCAAAAAAAAAAAAAAAAAAAAGUUUCAGAAUAAAAAUUGAUCCACCAUUGUUAGAUAUCUAUUAGAUCAAGGAUAUCCUAGAUCUUUUCAUACUUUUCUUGUUUCUCUCCUGAAAAUCCAUUUUCCCGGAAAACAUGAGUGGGCUCCGAGCAUUUUCAUCUCCUGAGUUAUUACCUCCUGAAAAGAAUCAAAUCGAACGACCCGGAGAUCAUAGUCUUGAAGGAAUUGCUACAAAUGUUAAGUUGCUAUUGAAAAUAAUCCAAGACCACAACGAGGCGUGCACAAGAGAUGUUGUUGAUGAAAGGAAGGCUCAGAGAGUGGCUGGGAUGAUGAGCAUAAUUGAAAAUAUCAAGACCCGGAUUCAGGAAUCUCAGACAGUUGGUAGAAGAGCAGAGCUAAGGAGAUGCAAUACAGAUCUAAGGGCCAAUGCUCCGAGAGACAAAAAGGCGCAUGAACCGAUAACCGAUGAGAAUGAGAAGCUACGAAGACAGCUCAGCGCAAGCUUAGCAGCAAGAAAGAGCCUAGAGAUAAUGUGCACCAGCUUAGGGACGGAGCUCUCUAGGAAAGUCCAAGAAUUGAAUGGAUUGGAGGAGCUCGUAGGGGAUCUCAGGGUGCAAAACGACAUGUUGUUGGGGAAGGUGAAGGCUUGUGCCGCAGAGCACAAGGAGAAGAAAGAGACCGGCGUAGGAAACUCAGCUCUCCAAGAGAGAAACAAGGCUCUUUCGGAGCAACUACUGAAAUCCCUUGACGGGUAUCGGUCGUUGAAGAGAAAGCUCAAGGAUUCACAAGAGGAGAACGUGAAAGCCAACAAAAUAUUGGAGGAAAUGGAAGUGGAACUUCGAGCUGGCCUUGGCAGAAUAAAUAGAUUGAAGGAAAGCAUGGAUAAUGUCAAUUUCAAUGAGGCGAUUUCGGAUUUGGAGCAUUUGUUUCAUUCUUUCAACUUGAAUAUAUCCAAACAUAGGCAGAAGAAAAGUGAGUCUCCCAAGAGCAAAAGCGAGACCAAAGUCAGUAAGGCUUCUGUUCUCGCAUGAGAAGAAAAGGGUAUCACUUUGGGGUGGUCACUUUUUGUGUAGAUAUAUAAUUCUCACAUUCUGUUCUUGCAUCUUUGGAAAUAUUCGGAAGUGGGAAACAUGUUGUGAUGUGUGUCAUAAAAGUUGAAGUGGAAUAGUGAAGCCUUCACGUUGGUUGUUCAUGCGCAAUUUGACUUGCAUAGGCCUACAGAUAAACCACCCUGGCCCUACAAUGUUGUAUAAUUCCAAAUUUUCUUCUUCUUUCUAUGCUUUUAUUUGGAAGUAGGAGCUGAUAAUGAUAGGAAGGCAAGGUGUUACUUUUGCAAGUCUA